AUGUCGCGCUCAGCAUCCUCCGGCGCCACAGCGCGCCUCGCCACCACCCAGCGCCACCUCACCACUGCGCCACGGGAUGUCCAGCGCAUCACCGUCUUUGGCGCGGGGCUCAUGGGCUCGGGAAUCGUCCAGGUCGCCGCGCAGGCAGGGUACAAGGUCACCAUGGUGGACACGAACGAAAAGGCACUCGAGAAUGGUCUGAGCAUCAUCGCAAAGUCGCUCCCGCGCGUCGCCAAGAAGCAGAGCCCAGACGACAUUGACGGCUUUGUCGCGCGCGCAAAGAGCAACAUUGCGACCACCACCGACCGUCUCAAGGCCGUCGAGAACGCCGACGUCGUGAUCGAGGCAGUGAUCGAAAACCUCCAGCUCAAACAGGAACUCUUCUCGGCGCUCGACCAGGUCGCUCCCCCACACGCCAUCUUUGCCUCCAACACGUCCAGCAUGCUCGUCACGGACAUUGCGGCCACCGUGUCUGAAGACCGCAAGACCAAGUUUGGCGGCAUGCACUUCUUCAACCCCGUGCCGGUCAUGAAGCUCGUCGAGGUCGUGCGCACCGAGAAGACGUCGGACGAGACAUUCGAGACGCUCAUGCAGGUCGGCAGGCGCAUGGGACGCGUGCCCGUCAAGGCCAAGGACAAGCCUGGAUUCAUCGUCAACCGCCUUCUCGUGCCGUACAAGCGUAAGCCAGCGCCGUUCGGUACACCAUGUACUCACACUGCCCCAGUCGAGGCGGUCCGCAUGGUCGAGCGCGGCGACGCCACGAUCGAGGACAUUGACACGGCCAUGAAACUCGGCGCGAGCUACCCCAUGGGCCCGUUUGAGCUGUUCGACUACACGGGUGUCGACAUCACGCAAUACGUGUCCGAGGCGUGGGAGGGCUAUGCCAAGCGCGGGCUCAUCCCGGCCGACCUGGUCAAGCAGUCGCCGAUGCUGCGCAAGAUGGUAUACGAGGACAAGACACUGGGGAAGAAGACGGGUCGCGGGUUCUACGACUACUCGGGUGACAAGAAGUAG